AUGUGUGAGGAUAACACUGGAAACAACGCGGCUGCUGAUGCCAACGCUCAGCCCGACCAUGAGGUUGUUUUGCUCGCCGAGGAUGAACAGAGUGACACGUCCUCAGAGAUUGGAAGCAGUGUAGCUUCCUCGAGUGCAAGUGUGAGCAGUUCGAUUCUAGACUAUCGGUUGGAAAACGGUAGAACCUACCACAAGUAUAAAGACGGGAAAUACUGGUUCCCAAAUGAUGAGAGAGAAAACGAUCGGCUCGAUCUGCAGCACAACUUAUUCAUCUUGACCUUUGAUGACAGACUCGCAACUGCCCCUCCAAACGAACCUGAUGCAAAGGUUGGAAAGGUCUUGGACGUGGGCACGGGUAGUGGUAUAUGGGCCAUUGACUUUGGCGAAGAGCACCCAGAUGCUGAGGUGCGAGGCAUUGAUCUUUCCGCUAUUCAGCCGGAAUUCGUGCCACCCAACGUCAAGUUCGAGAUUGACGACAUUGAACAACCCUGGACGUUUUCUCACUCAUUCGACUACAUUCAUAGUCGCAUGAUGAACUCAUCCCUCAAGGACUGGAACGCAUAUAUCAAAACUUGCUAUGAUAAUCUGGAACCCGGAGGAUAUCUCGAACUGAACGAGAUCGAUGUCAUCCCCACAUCUGACGACGGCACCCUGAAGCCAGAGUCUGCGAUCUCUAGGUCUGCCAAGUUACUUCAUGACGCAGGCGAAAUCAUCGGAAGGCCCUUCCUCGAGAUGAGCUCUCUCAAGGAUGUGCUAAUCAAUACCGGGUUCGAGGACGUCCACAGGCAACUGUACAAGUGGCCCACGAACUCCUGGCCCAAGCACGAAAGGUACAAGGAGUUGGGCAUCUGGAACCACGAGAAUCUUGUUGCUGGUUGGGAAGGCUUCUGCAUGGCCCCUUUCACAAGGGUGCACGGUUGGAGCAAGGAGGAAGUCAUUGUUUUCAUGGCCGAGAUCCGAAAAGAGUUCCAAGAUCGGUCGAUCCAUGCAUACUUCAAGAUCUGGUCCAUCUAUGGCAGAAAGCCUCUGCAACCCGAAACGACAGAGGCCGCGUGA